AUGGAGUUCAUAAUCCCAACCACUCGAGAUGAAUUGAUGAGCCGUACCGGGACGAACCACUACUGUGUGGAAGACCUGCUGACUGUCAGACAAUUACCUGUGGCACUGCAAGCUUUCAAGUCCACCUGCAAAAGUAAUUCCAAGUGUGUAGUGGAACACUUCGACACCUUGUUCAGCUUACUGUGUUUGCAUAAAGAUCUGGACCAAAACACCAGAGAAGAAGCUUGGACAAGUUUACUUAAAGGAUGCCAGACUUUUUGUCGCAGUCUGGAGACAACAUUGGAUGAAUCUGAUCUUUCUAGAGAAGAGCGGUUUGCUAGUUUGAAUGCCCUGAAGAUGUCUUGUUACUUAGUGUGCCAGUUUUUAGAGCAGCUUGAUAGUGAAGCACAUAGGCCAAAUGCAGUUGUUGCAGGAAAGGGACGAGGCAAAAAGAGCAAACCGGCUUCUGACUCCAUGAGCAUGGACUGGGAGUUUGAGAGGCAGCAGGGCAUCCAGGUGCUGCUCUCUUUCAUUCAGCUGUCCAUCACCAAACUUUGGGAUCCUCCCAUUGCAGAAGAGGAGUUUGUCAGUCUUAUAAGUACGUGCUGUUACAAGCUGCUAGAAAACCCAUCUGCUGCUAAGGUGAAGGACACAGUUAUCUGCAUAGCUCAUAUUAUUGGACACUUGAUCAAACGUUUUAAUCAUGGACUGGGCGCCAGUUUGAAGAUGGACCAGCUAUUGAAGCAUUUUGAAUUUCUGACUUCCCCUUUGACACAAAUUGUGGAGAUCCUGGUCAAAGAGCAUGGAUGCAAGUCAAUCGUAGCCGAUAUUAUGCGGGAGAUUGGAAAUGCUGAUACGAAGGAGGCUGCCCGGGACACGACAGCUGCCAAAGCUUAUGCUUUGUUUCUUGCAGAACUUGCAGAGAAAAUGCCAGCAGUUGUCCUUCCGUGUCUGCCUCUUGUUGUUGGUCUGCUGGAUGGGGAGUCUUACACAUUACGUAAUGGUGUGCUUAGCAUGAUGGGAGAGAUUCUCAUUAAAUAUCUGUGCAAAGAGGAGCUGGAUGAUAAACUACGAGCAACAAGAGAUGGCUUGUUUGAAAAACUGGAGGAUCACAUCCAUGAUGUCAAUGCUUUUGUCCGCAGCAAGGUAUUGCAAAUAUGGCUUCAUGUGGUCACGGAAAAGUGUCUGCCACUGCUGAGACAGGAAUCUGUGAUGACCUUAGUGGUGGGUCGUCUGAACGAUAAAUCCAGCAUCGUCAGAAAACAUGCCAUUCAGCUAGUGACAGCUCUUCUGAAAAGCAACCCUUUUGCUGCACAGCUGGGUAUAGAUGAUCUACAAUCUAACUAUGAGAAGGAGAAAGCUCUGCUGGAGGAGAUGGCCCCCGAGCCUUCAGCAUCUGUAAGUGCAGAUUCAGUUAGUGACAAGCUGAAGGAGGAGUGGAGCACCCUGGAGAAACAGUUGAUGGAAUUUCUUGCAGCUGAGGAUGUCUUUCUGCCAAGAGAUAGUACUGCAGCAUCUACUCUCAUUGGAGAUGAUGAUGCCUUGGAAGGAGUACUAGAGAAAAUUGUGAGAUUCCUGCAGAAUGGUGAACUCCGCGAAGCUGUUGCCUUGAUGUUGGCUUCUUUGGACAGUUUUCCUGACGUGCCUCUCUUUGAUGCCUUUGGGAGGAAAGAUGCCUCAGAAAGUUUUGAUGAAAGUACAGAGGACAGCAGUGGUAGCAAAGAUAAUGCAGACAAACUGGCAUCAACUUUAAAGGAAGUGUUUUUUCUAAAGGGACCAGUACCUUCACCCACUCCAGACACAAGCACUACCAGUAAUGCCGGCGAUGACAGGAUGGAAGCUGAACUUGUCAAACAACAGACUCUUGUACAGUAUCUGCGGAAUUCGCUGACAUUUGCUCGGCAAGUCCAGCAGUGUAUACCGGUGAUUUGCCAGCUACUUGGUUCCAAGAAUGUGACAGAUGUUCUGGAAGCUGUCCAGUUUUUUGUCACCUCCGUGGAGUUUGGCCUAUCCGCUGGCAUUGUUGGGCUGCGCAGAAUGAUGGCACUUGUGUGGUCUCAGGAGGCGACUGUGAGGGAGGCUGUGGUUGCUGCAUAUAGAACUCUUUAUCUGGAGCCAAAGGAAAAGAAUCAGAGGUCAGUGGCUUCCAGUAUUGUAAAAAAUCUGGCAUCACUUGUAGUGGGGUCAAACUAUGGAGAGUUGACAUCGUUGGAGGCACUGGUUUCAGAAUUUGUGAAGAGUGGUCACAUUGGUCACCAAGUUAUCAAGGCAUUGUGGGAAAGGUUCGCCAUGAAGUCCGACGCUGUGUCAGCCCAGGAUGCCCGAAUUGCUGUCAACUUACUAGCCAUGUGUGCCCAAGCUGAGCCGGACAUCAUCAAGAGCAACAUAGAGGUUCUCAUCCAAGAGGGUCUGGGCCCUAGAGGAGAAGAUGACUGUCUGCUGGCUCAAGGUACUUUCCAAGCACUGUUGAAGUUGUCAGCUGCUCCCAAGGAGAAGGGCAAGCUUGCACCAGAACCGUUUCGUCUGUCAUCAGAUCAUGAGCUGGCAAACAGAAUCAAGACCAUACUUGUCAAAGGGAUUACAGACACUGCCAGCAACUACUGGAUCCCCAUGGCAAACCAGGCCGUCAUGGUCAUUUACAAGCUGCUGGAGUCUCCAGAUAUGGUCUGUGCUGGUCUUCUGAGGGAGAUGGGAAAGGUUCUUCUGGAGAUCUGUGAGGCAGCUAAAGCAGAAGAAGGAGGGGAUGAAGCCAUGAAAUCCAGCAGUGUCACCUGUGUUCUGACUCGGGUGUUGUCCUUUGCUGGCCAGGUAGCCUUCAGCCAGGCUGUCUACAUGGAGGUGGAUGUCCUGACCGAGCUCAAGAGGAGGCAGGCCGUCUCGGAGGAGAGCUCAAGAGGAGGCAGACGGAAAAGUAAAGGAGUGACUUGCAAUUCUAAGGGAAAAGAUGCAGAAUCAGAACUAGAAGAAGACAUGGCGCUGGCCGGAGCCUCGGCAGAUGAUGCAGAGAUGGAGUAUAUUAGAAAACUUUGUGAACAGGAACUUCUCAGCACAAACAGCUUUCUCAUUAGUUUACAGCCGUUGCUUAUUGCUGUGUGCACCAACAGUGCCAAAUUUUCUGAUCCUGAUUUACAAACAGCGGCAAGCCUGACUCUUGCCAGAUUUAUGCUAGUGAGUUCCCAGUUUUGCGAGCCUCAUCUGCAGCUUCUGUUUACGAUCCUUGAGAAGUCAUCAUCCUCCGUGAUUCGCUCCAACCUGAUCAUCUCCCUCGGUGACCUCACUUUUCGGUUUCCCAAUUUGAUAGAGCCCUGGACACCCCACCUCUAUGCCAGACUACAUGAUGAUUCCCCUUUGGUAAGGAAGACAACUCUUCAAGUCCUGACCCAUCUAAUUUUGAAUGACAUGGUUAAGGUGAAAGGUCAGAUCAGUGAGCUAGCGACCUGCAUUGUGGAUCACGAUGAGAUGAUUUCUGGGCUUGCCAAGCUCUUCUUCCAUGAGCUGGCUAAAAAGGGCAACUCGCUGUACAACAUGCCUGAUAUUAUAUCCAGACUGUCAGAUCCUGAUAUUGGCGUUGGUGAAGAAGACUUUCAGACAAUUAUUAAGUAUAUUUUCUCCCACAUUGAGAAGAGCAAGCACUGCGAGAGUCUGGCAGAGAAACUUUGCCACAGGUUUAGAGCUACCAGAACAGAGAGGCAGGCCAGAGACUUGUCCUUCUGCUUGCUACAGCUGUCAUACACAGAGAAAGGGUUGAGUAAGUUGUUAGAGAACUUUGCCUGUUUCGCUGACAAGUUGGUGGAUAAUGAUGUCUACGCACAUUUCUGUCAGAUCCUCAGCAAAUCCAAGCAGUUUAUGCGGCCCGAAGCAAAGGUAACGAUGGAGGAGUUUGAGAGCAAGCUGGAGCAGGCCCACACCAGGGGACUGGAGGAGGGAGAUGUUGCCAUCAAGGCUAGCAAGGCAUCUGUUGUUGUUGGCACCAGGGCUAGAGGUGGAAAGAGCAAGGCUGCAGCCUCAAAGAAGAAGCAGAUGAAGAAGGAUGAUGAUGAAGACGAUGAGGAAGUGGAUGUUCAUUCCCCAUACAAGCCUCGACGGGGAGUGAGAGGGCAGGGAAAACCUGCCAAACCUCGCUACGUCAUUGACUCCGAUGAUGAGGACAACGAUGGCGACUUGUUUGACUUGGGAAAAGAAGGUCUGGAUGCCGACGACAGUUUUGUGACCAAACCUUUUGGGAAAAGAUCCAAGCGAGGAAAAGUUACAUUAACCCCUCUGCAGUCACCAGCCAGCUAA